GUUGUGUUUGUUCCCAUAAUGAUCACAACAUUAAAAGUUACAGUAUGUUCCAUAAAUUUGUUUUCCCAUACAUUUCCCACUUUCAAUUUUUUGCAACCGGCUCCCGCAUCAUACUUUGUAAACCUGACUUCACUCCCGAGACUACCGACUGCGGUUGCAAAAGAACCGAAAGCGUGUAAAGAGGAAUUUUUCUGUGACAGCAGCAGACGCCCGAAGUGUAUAGGGUUAAUCAUCGCAUUUUAUCGCUUUGUUUACACACAUACAAUUGUGUGUACGGUUAUAUUGGAGAGGACGUGGAAAAAAAGUGCACUCGUAGAAACACGAUUGCGAUUUCUUCGUUUCGCGCGAAGACGACCGAUCGGCGAGAAUCGCGCGCGCGUUCCGUCUCUCACCGUCACCACCUACAUGUGCACCAGAUAGAUGUCCGAGCGUACGCUGAAGGCUGUCGCUCUUCCUUUUGGUACUAUCUUUACUCACUUGCCGCUUGUCUCUGCUGGAAAUAAAUACAUUCGUAAAAAAUGUAGGCCGUGACGUCACCUUCGUGAAGUUUAUAAAUAUAUGCAAGCGCACACAAAACUUUCAAUUUAGUUUCGUCUUUCAAACGGUGCAGAUCAGCGUGACCCUCGCUCCUGUCGAUUGAUUUUUUGUGUGGGGUGAAAACAGAGAGAUUUAUAUUUCCCGUUGGUAUCGGUGUGCUCUCGUGUGAUUGGGAAGUGAGAGGAAAGUAAUAAUUGCUAAUGAGCAUACAUACAAACAAACAAGCGUGAGAAGAAGGGACGAAACGCAGUGUAGUACAAAUCGUACGCCAAGUGUGUGGAACAACGCGGCAAGAGGAAAAUACAGAACUGAAUCAAAAGUAUACGUGGACGCUGGUGUUGAAGUGAUUCAGAAAAUACGUGCCUGAGCACCAACUAGAUAUACCCGUGUGACAUUGGCGGUUUAGUUUUUGUGUGCGUAGUAAGAAAUAAUUGAUAAAAUAUUAUAUGCGGGCAAACAGCGAGAUACGCGAAACCAGCGACUGUGGUGAGUCAUCGAGUAUUUUUGAACACGGAAGCAGUACGGCAUUCAGCGGCGCUACAGCUUUUAGUUCAGUCGUUGAUCCAUUGAGGGCGAGCAAGAUUGAUACCAUGGCAGAGGCGCAACGCUUGAUUGGUAUUUCCCUGGCCAAGAUAGCCCAGUCUAGGGUCUGUCGCGGAGGGGUGUCCUUGCACAAAAACUUGCUAGUGGCAACCGUUCUGCAAAAAGCACGCUACAUUUUUAUGGAGGAAGCUUAUCAUAUUGUGCAUGGUCAUUACCUUCAACAGAACAAGUGUAUGGAGCUGGAGAUGGAGAAGCAGCGGAAUGCGGCUGCGGCAGCGGCUGCAGCUGCAGCAGCGGCUUCGGUGAAUAAUGUUGGCGAAGACGAUAGUUGCAGUGAAAGUGAGGAUAGCGAUGAAUCGGAAUCGUAUGCAUCAAGUGAAAAUAACGACGAAAGCGAUAACGACGACAAGGAAAACAGUCCACCUUCGCUAACCACCGAUGAAGAAUCAUCGCAGGUGCUGUACUUUGAUAUGGACGUGAAAAAAGUGGAAAAUAGUAACAAACGAAGACGCGACGUUGCUGAAUGGGAAACAGAUGAAGCGGUUCAAUCCAUCCUACCGAAACGCAUCAAAUCCGAGUCGGAUAGUCAAACUGUGGAUGCUGCUUCCGAGGGAACUACCAACGAGCUCGUACCAAGUAGUGACGCAUUUGCUCUGUCGGAAUCCGCAAACAAUCAAGUCGUGGCAGAGGAUUUAUCCCGUCAACAAAGUGAAUCCACAUUACAGCAUACACCAUCUGUGGAGAGUAUUGACCGAAUAACUUCAUUGGUUUCGAUAUUCAGCUUUGGAAACCUAACACGUUCGGUAUCGACACCAGACUUCUGUGCAGCGCAAGCAAAAGAUUCCGAGAGCUCACUCGCUCAGUUACAGCAUUCGCAGCGAGGUUAUCUAACUAUGACUGUAUAACUACUGUUGCUACAACGAGCAUUAAAUUACGACGCCAAGUAUUAGCAAUUACAAACUCAUACUCCUGUGAUCCGCGCACAUUGUGAUAUGUUGAGCAGUGGCCCUGGCAGGUGCUGCAGUUAACCGUACAAUCCAGGACAGCGUGCUGCGAGGAAGGUGCUGAACUAGGUGGCUCGUGAUCUCACGUGGCAGGUGCGAAUUGCAUACGCCGUACUUUUGUGUUUCGCGCCGAACUGGUGCUAACCAGGUUAUCGAUGAAUCAGUAACAUCACGGUCAUCUUGUUUGUGUUUCCUGCUACAAACAAGUCGUCGUUAGAAUCAUCGUUUCGAUAUUUAUGACGUUGAGGCCAAGCGAUUAUCAGGACUGGCGGCCCUGGACUUUGUGUUUGUGCUUGCGGUGGUGACUAAUGAGGAUUGACUUGCGUACAGAGGAAUGUUUUAGGCUUUGAAAAAAUGUCAUCUGAGUCGUCAAAGCAUCAUAUCUCUUUGUUCCAUACCCAAGAGAAUGUCGUACAACUCGCGGCAGAUUAAACGAUAGUUUAAAAAUGUUACUAGGUGACAGAUUUCAAUGCAAAGAAAUACAAUCUCGUGCAAGAGAUCUCUCGUUUGACGUGCUAGACUAAAAAUGAAUAAUUGCGCCGCCACUAAUUUAGUGUUUUCUCCGUCCCCAUACUCCACACGUUAUGAGGACGGUCGAGGGAGAGGGAUUGAGAUAGCAUGAUGCGGAACGUGGAAAAGGCAAUGAUGUGGGCAGCACUGAAUUUUGUUUUAUGUGUUGGAAACGGGACCUAACUGUCGGUUAGCAAGCGAAAGAAGAUAUUAAAUGAACUGGUGAAAACAGUGUAGCUAAUUUCUAAGCAACAAAGAUUUUUUUGAAUUUCCUAUCGUUUAUAAGAAUUAUACUAAUACAAUCAAGUAACGCGAGUGAAAACGAGUUAGUCCAAGCUACAUGCACGCAUGAUACUAGCUUCAAUACAGAAUCAAUUAAAACGACAUCAGCAUAAAAUCGUGACGGUCAUCUCACAGAAAACCCACACUGAAACAAGUUAAUAUGGAAAAUAACUGUAUAGAAACAGGCACAAUCUAUAACAUACACUUUCCUGAAUCACCUCCGAAGUGGCUACUCUUUGGUUCUUUGUAGUCCAAAGGUGAUUGAUAGAGCGGAGAAGAAAAAGAAAGGCACAAAAGGGAAAGAGUGCAAACAAGAAACAUAAUCAUAACUGUUUUAUCUGUACGUCAGCUUCCGUUGAUCGCACGAUAGUAAACCAUAAGCAUCUACGAAGAAAACAAUAUUUACUGAGAGUUUUAUAGCCGAGAGUUUGUCCACUGGCACAAAUGCCCCGCUGGUGAUCUUGUCUUGUGUUUCUUUCUCUCUUUCAACUUUGCGGAGUACGAUGAACCCGCUUAAGUAACGCCAAAGCUAUUCGAUUUUUCGGUGCCUGCCUAACGAUUCAAACGGCGCGACAUCUGCACCGUUCGGAAUCUUCAAUGGAUAGGCAGUUUGUCCCGCUUUCGUCACUAUUGUUAGGUACAUUCGAAGUACGAAAGUGAAAGUUGAUGCCUAGCCGUCCGCCUUCGAUUUAGUCGUGCAAAUCUCAAACACAUGUUAGUAACUGUAGCAAAAGUACAGCAUUAAUGUGUACCAUUCACGAGUAGCCCCACUCCAGAUGUUCGAUGUAUAUCUGCGGUGUGCAAUAUUCCUCACGUAACGCUCUCUGACACGGACUCGGCAGCAGUAAAAAAACAUUUCGAAGGCUUUCGGGGGAGACACAAACGUGCUAGUAGACGAAGCAAUCAUUGACCGAUUAUGUAAACAUCACUGCUAUGAACCUUAUGCACAGUACCAUUUUCAGUUGAGCGGAAAACAAAUGGCGAAUAAAUUGAAAAUAUUUCGAUUUUAACUUACUAGCAUAAAUAGCAGCUAAUGGUAGAGUUUCUAGGUAAGCAGAUAGUAUCUGAACCAGUAACAAGAAGGUUAAUCGUAUGAAGAUCAACUUUGAACUUUGUCCUCGUCAAGUAAAUAAUUAUAGAUCAAAAGUUUUAUUGAAAAUAAUAAAACGGUACGUUAGCAUUAGCUGUAUGUAGCAAUAAGCGUUAAAAAUAUUAAAUUAUAAGCUCUGUUUUAGGAGCGGUAUAAUACAAAAUAUUUCCAACUAUGAUCCAACGUUAACUUAUUCGAUAAACAAAAUUGUAUGAUAGUGUAAUAAAGCGAGUUUUAAUAUAUACAUAUAUCAAUUUU